AUGAGCGACAACCCCAAAGAGCUCAGUACCAAGUACAAGCGUGCCGGGCUCUUUGAUCAGCAAAGGCGGCUACUUCUUGACAAUUUUCGAGAACUGGAAACCCAUGCCAAUCUUUUGCUCAAGCUCAAGCUUCUUAUCGAGGCCAAGGUGAAGGAUGAUCCACUGAUACUCAUGAAGAAUAAAGGCAAGAUGGCGGCACUUAUACAAGGGGAAAUCAUCAAUCAACACAACGCCGAGACCAAAGGUAGACAGAACGACGUUCCCCCCAGUCUACUAUCCAUUGUUGACCGUGAUCUUCGCGAGAAGAUCAUCGACCUGCCUGAAUUUCAACAUCAAUUACGCAUGGAACUUAAGGACAUACAACGCAAGAUGCUUGGGGUGAGUGACGAGGAUUAUCAGGCUCAGCUCAAGCAAGAAGAAGAAGAGGCAGCUCGCCGAGCUAAGGAGGCUCAAGAGCAGGAAGAACGCCGACGUCGAGAACGAGCGGAAUUAGACCGCGCUGAAGAGCGUAAGUGGAAAGAAAAACAUGCACGCAACUUUAGCAACAGUCGUCACCGAGUGAUGAAGCCUCCUCGAAUAAAUCUCCUGGGAAUUAGACGUGAACGAGACAGAUAUGAACCAAAAAGUCGCUCUGAGAGUGGGCUUUCCAGCCGAGACAGAGACGAUAGUCGGGGUAGAGGGAACCUUCGCAGUAAAGACGAUGGCCGCGGUAGAGACAAUGGUCGUGGUAGAGACAAUGGUCGUGGCGGCGGUGCUGAUCCCCGCGACUUCGACCGCAACAAGUCGAAGAAGAACUUUAUGAUGUAUUAA